AAACCCACGAAGAAGAAAACCGAAUAGUCAUGGCGGCUGACAGUUUGUGAUGAGCCGACGAAAAAAGAAAAACAAGCAGUAAAGAGUCUUCCAAGUUGGAUUGAGUAGGUUUAAACCAGUCUAGUGGAUAAAGCUCGGCCGACAACAUGCUGGUGACGUUGAAGACUUUACAGCAGCAGACCUUUAAAAUUGACAUCGAUGAGGAGGAGACGGUAAAAACGUUAAAAGAGAGGAUUGAACAGGAGAAGGGGAAGGAGAAUUUUUCUGUUGCCGGACAGAAACUGAUCUAUGCUGGUAAAAUCCUAAACGAUGACACGCUUCUCAAAGAGUACAACAUCGAUGAGAAGAACUUUGUGGUGGUCAUGGUGACAAAGCCCAAAGCGGCUGCAGCCACCACACAAGCGGCAGCCGCUUCAGCUGCCAGCAGCGCCGCUCCCGCAGCGCCUCCUGGGGCUCCGACCAGCGCAGACAAGCCGGCAGAGUCGGCGUCCGGGGACAGCAAGCCGGAGGCCAAGCCAGAGGAGAAACCAUCUCCGACUGCUGAGCCGUCCUCCACCACUAGUGGCAGUAGUGGGAGCUCUGAGUCGUCAUCGAGCUCAAACCUGAUCAGUGAAGCUGUUUCAACUCUUGUGACAGGUUCGUCGUAUGAUGCCAUGGUGAACGAGAUGAUGCUCCUGGGCUACGGGAGAGAGGAAGUGGUGUCAGCUCUGAGAGCGAGCUUCAACAACCCCGACAGAGCUAUGGAAUACCUGCUCUCGGGUAUGCCGACCAGAGAUCAGGGUCCUGUCGCAAGACCUGACGCCACAGCGCCUCCAGCGAGCGGAACACCAGCCGCUCCUUCUGGAGGUGUCAGCUCUCCUGCCGACACCGCAUCGUCACCGAGCGCUGCAGCAGGCGGCAAUCCGUUGAGCUUCCUCAGAAAUCAGCCUCAGUUCCAGGUGAUGCGGCAGCUGAUUCAGCAGAAUCCUGCCCUGCUGCCCUCGUUGCUGCAGGAGAUCGGCAGGGAGAACCCGGAGCUGCUGCAGGAGAUCAGCAGCCACCAAGAACAGUUCAUCCAGAUGCUGAACGAUCCUAAUCCAGACCCGGUGCCAGCAGGCGGCGGAGGAGGAGCUGGAGGGGUGGGGGGUGGCACACCUGGCGGGGGUCAGACGAGCUACAUCCAGGUCACGCCUCAGGAGAAAGAAGCCAUCGAGAGGCUAAAAGCCUUGGGUUUUCCAGAAGGACUCGUCAUCCAAGCCUACUUCGCCUGCGAUAAGAACGAGAACUUGGCGGCCAACUUCCUUUUACAACAGAACUUUGACGACGAUUAAAGGAACCGCUUUUAGUUGUUUUCACCCUUCUCCCUCCACUGUUCAGUUGCUCGUGUUCACUAUAUAUGCAAACAAGCCUUUUCCAAAGUGUAUUUUAUUCACCAGUUCCAAAUCGAAGUUUCAUGAUGACACUGGAUGAUUCUCUGUUGGCGGCUGCUGUUAACAGGAUAAAAUGGAGUAAUUAAAAUCCGAUACUUUUUGCAUCAGAGCUCGCCCAUGUGCCUUUUGUUUUCCUACUUAAGAGCAAUGUUUUUUCGCAGAAAUAAGGGUAAAUCUCAGAGUAUGAAUUGGCUCCUUGGGGGAAGAAAUUAAAUCGGAACCAAACAAGCAACUUGUGUUACCUUUGUUCUGUCGUUCUUUAUGUUUACACCAUUAAACAUGUUAAUCUUUACCAAAA